CGCGGCCACGGACACGCGCGCACCCAGAGGGCUCCUCUCUUCUCGCUGCCCGCACUUAUGCCCGGUGCAGCUCGCUCCCAGCCCCGCUGCCAACCUGCUGCCGAGCGCUGCCCCGGAGAAGCCGCAGCUCAGCCCCGUGCCGGACCCCCGGAGCCCCCCCCAAGUGCAGCGAGCAAGGGCACAGGAUGGCCUCAGCCCUCCCGCUGCUGCUGCUCUGCGCCUUUGCCCCCGCGGCGGUCCCGGAGGUGCUUGGCCCCGGAGAUGGCACAGAUGACCUCAAGGCGCUGCAGGUCUCCAUCCCGCGGCACCCGGCCCUGGACGCCGUGCUGGCGGGGGACGUCACCAUCCCCUGCCUCAUCACCUACCUCGGGCCCCUGCCCACCGCCGGCACGGCCGGGCGCAGGGCGGUGCUGGGCGCCCCCCGGGUCAAGUGGACCUUCAUCUCCGAGGGCAGGGAGGUGGAGAUCUUGGUAGCGCGGGGGGACAGGGUGAAGGUGAGCGAGGACUAUCGCCUCCGCGCCUCCCUGCCCAUCUUCCACCAGCGGUACACCAACGCCUCGCUGCUGCUCACCGAGCUGCGCCCCAACGACUCGGGGAUUUACCGCUGCGACGUGCAGCACGGCAUCGAGGACGGCCACGACAUCCUCGACCUCAGAGUCAAAGGGGGUGUGUUUCACUACCGCGAGGGCUCCAUGCGCUACGCCUACACCUUCGCCGAGGCGCAGGAGGCUUGCGCCAGGAUCGGCGCCCGCAUCGCCACCCCCGAGCAGCUGUACGCCGCCUACCUGGGCGGCUACGAGCAGUGCGAUGCCGGCUGGAUCGCCGACCAGACCGUCAGGUACCCCAUCCACACGCCCCGUGAGGCUUGUUAUGGAGACAUGAACGGCUUCCCUGGGGUGAGGAACUACGGGGUGGUGGACCCGGAGGACAUGUACGACGUGUACUGCUACGCCGAGGACCUGCCAGGGGAGAUCUUUUUGGAGACGGCCCCAGACAAAUUCACGCUGGAGGAGGCGGAGGCGCGCUGCCGGGCGCGGGGCGCGGUGCUGGCGAGCCCGGGGCAGCUCUACGCCGCCUGGAGCGCGGGGCUGGACGCCUGCAGCCCCGGCUGGCUGGCCGACGGCAGCGUCCGCUACCCCAUCGUCACCCCGCGGGAGCGCUGCGGCGGGGCGCUGCCCGGCGUCAAAACCAUCUUCCUCUUCCGCAACCAGACGGGGUUCCCCGAUGCCCAGAGCAGAUACGAUGCGUACUGCUUCCGAGAAGGGACAAACUCUAUCCCUGAGGCCGCAGGAAAAUACGGAGCCAGAGAGCCCGAGGGCCUCCAGGAGAUUGUUACAGUGGCAGAAAAGCUGGAGGAGCUGCAGCUGCCCAAAGCGCAAGUGGAGAUUGAGUCGCGAGGGGCUAUUUACGCCGUCCCUUUCUUUAAGGACGUGGCUGACGCUGAGCUGGAAAAGCCGAGCCUGUCCCCCGAAGACGCCCUGGGGCCGGGGGCCUGGCACCCCCCGCUAGCUACCUCCGUGUCCUCAGCUCGAGGACAUCACCCAACCUCUGCCACCCCCUUCCCCAUGGCCCCGGCCGUCCCCGAGGCAGGCGUCCCGCUUAGCUGUGGUGCAAAACCGGGGAGCCCGUCCCCUGCAGACGAGGAAGGGGCGACAGGGACGGGUGGAAAGUGCGCAGAGGCCGGGCGAGAGCCGUCCCGCACGGGGGAGGAGGGAGCAGCGCUGGAGCGGCCGCUGGGCUCCGCACCGGGCAGGGACCCCGGGAACACCGCAGCAGAGAGCCUGGGGGGACGGCGAGACCCCGGCCAGCCCACGGAGCCAGACACAGUGGGAGCAGAAGGACCCUCUGACGCCCCGUCCCCGGCGGUGGCCACAGCAGAUAGCCAAGAGCCAGCCCCCGGGCCGCACGGCCGCGGGUCCGGUGGGACGAGCAGCCCUGUCCCUGCUGUGGGGGCUGCCGAGGACGCCGAGCUGUCCGGAGACGUGGCCGAAAGCCCCCGGGGGGCGUCCCCGCUGCCCCCCUCACAGCUGCAGGAGGACGGCGAGGAGCAGUCGGGGGCCCUGUGGCUCCCCUCGCCCACGGCCCCAGGGGACGGGGGCACGGUCCCCGCGGCGGAGGCGACGGUGGUCACCCCGUGGCACACUGAGGUGCCCGGCAGCAGCGACGCACCGGCCACUGGACACGAGGCUGUGCCACAAACCCCGGGCACUGGAACACCCGCUGCGUCUUCGGAAGAAGAGGAGGAGAAGGAAGAAGAAGAGGAGAAGGAAGAGGAGGAGGAAGAGGAAGAGCGACCCAUGCCCUCUGUCGCAACCGUGGAGGGUUUCCUUGCAGCCGUUCCCGGAGAACCAGGUGGCUGCGUCCCCAACCCCUGCCUCAACGGAGGGACCUGCACCGAGGACGGCGCCCGCCUCGCCUGCCUCUGCCUGCCCGGCUACGGAGGGAGCAGCUGCGAGAGACCGCUGAAGAGGUGCAGCCCCGGCUGGGACAGCUUCCAGGGAGCCUGCUACAAGCACUUCUCCACCCGGAGGAGCUGGGAGGACGCGGAGACGCAGUGCAGGCACUACGGGGGGCACCUGGCCACCAUCCUGACCCCCGAGGAGCAGGACUUCAUCAACGACCAGUACCGGGAGUACCAGUGGAUCGGCUUGAACGACCGGACCAUCGAGGGGGAUUUCCAGUGGUCCGACGGGAGCCCCUUGCUCUACGAGAACUGGCACCCCGGGCAGCCCGACAGCUACUUUCUCUCCGGGGAGAACUGCGUGGUCAUCGUGUGGCACGACGGGGGGCAGUGGAGCGACGUCCCCUGCAACUACCACCUCUCCUACACCUGCAAAAUGGGGCUGGGUAAGCCGUGCCCCCCCCGCCCCGGCCCCAAAAUGGGGAGAGGAGAGGGUCUGGGGGCAUCCUCCACUUGCUUGGGGUUUACGCUGGGAACCCGGAGGGUGGCGUGGGGCGGGGUUCGUCUGGCACAGGGGUGCCCACCCUUGCCCCCCCCCUGCCUGCAGUGCAGUGCGGGCCCCCCCCCGCCGUCAGCAAUGCCCACGCCUUCAGCAAAGCCAAGCCGCGCUACGAGGUCGGCUCCACCGCCCGCUACCAGUGCCGCCACGGCUUCGCCCCGCGCCGCUCGCCCGUCAUCCGCUGCCGCGAGGACGGGACGUGGGAGCGGCCCCAGCUCUCCUGCCGCCCUGGGCUGGCUCAGCACCCCGGCGACUGAGCGGGUCCCCGAGGCAGGAGGCUCCCCGGUGGAUGGGGACGGCACCGGGACGCCAGCGCGGGCACCGGCGGGGCGAGGAGCCUGCCCUGUGGGUGCCCGCCCUCUGCUUGUUUUAUAUCUGUACAAAGAAACCCCGAUAACUAAAGAUCCCCUGAAAAGGAGUCAGCAGCGACCCGCGUGGCGUCUCACCUCGCACGAGGGCUGUUGGGGUCCUGGAGUGACCACAGAGCCAAAAUCGGGGAGGGGGGGGAGGGAUCCUGGGGGGGGGGUCACAGCUUGGAGGUGGCAGCAUCAUCUCCAGCCGCUUGCUCCCACCUUUGCCCCGUGGGUCCUCACCCUACAAGAGCGGGAUGGGGACAUCGAGGAGGUGCCCUGGACAUGGCCACGCUGCUGGGAGCGGGCGCAAGUCGCCCAAGCCCCCCCGGUGCUGCUGUGGGAUUAAAGCAGAUAAAUGGGUGGCACAGAGCCGUGCCUCGGCCCUUCGGGGCAGCCGAGAGGCAGGGGUACCCAGCCCUGAAAUUGGGAAUGUGGGGUGCACACCAGUGCUGCUGGCACAGCGAUGUCCCCACGGCCACGGAAAUGGGGAGGCGCAGCCCAAAGUGUCCCCCAAAUCCCGGUGGCCGCGGGGACCCGGCAGGGUUUGGGUUGGGAAGCUGCUGCUGGCAGACGUGCAGGGGGGCAGGGGGCACCUCGCAGGGCUGGGGCCACCCGUGUCUCCCCACGCUGCUACCUCCAGCGCCAGUGCUUUUUAUAACUGUCCCCGGCUGUGUCACCAACCCAGAAACACCCCCAGUGCGGUGCCAGGAACACCGAUAACACCAGGACACCCCGAGGGGGGGUCCCUAUAAGCUGUCCCCUGCUUGAAACAAGAAGUCCUUGGCAGAUCCCCAUCGCUGAGAGCCCAGGAGGUCCCGGGGGCAGAGGGCACAUGAGGGCACAGCUUCGUCAUGCAGCUUUACCGUCGCUUUAUUAAUUAAGAAAGCGAA